UAGUACCGAGCAGAAAUGGCUGCAAGUGGCCGAGGUCUCAGCAGGGCCAUGGGAGCCCUUCCCUUCCCUGCUUGGAGGCGAGCACACUGGGAAGCCAGGGGACGCCUGAAGCCCGCGUACGAUGCAGUGGUGAUAGGAGCAGGUAAAGCAGGCUGAGCUAGAGCUGAAAGGACACAACGGGCUGGUGGCUGUGAGUACCUCUGCUCUGCCCACUUCACUGGCCCCUGUGGUGUGUGGCUCUCGGCAGGAGUAUAAGGAAGCCACAGGAUGAGGCCCCCGGGAGAGAAGGAAAGGCAGGCUAGUCUCCUCUCCCUGGUGCCGACCAGUGGGGAGUCGAAGGGGCCCUGCAGCAGUCAAGGAGGAUACCCGGGCUCCCUCUCCUCUCCUCUCCUCCAUGCAUGUGGGCUUCCCCAUGACCUUGGGAGUCAGGGAGCUUUCAGAAGUGAGACGAUGAAAAGGUGGGGAAGUGUACAUGCUGGAGCCUGGGGAUUGGGUCCCUGGGGCUGGGCGGGGCCCUCUGACUCCAGAUGACGGGCAUCCUUGUGUCCAGAGCCCUGUGCUCCCCAGCUAGGUCUAGGCCAUGUGCCCACCAGAGUAGCCAGCAGCUAUGUGGUCCUGAGACAGGAAGCCAGUCCAGCAGAGGCUAACACAGCUGGCUCCUAGGUCCCAAGCUAAGCUGGGCCAGGGUUACCCUAAGGCCGUGCCUCCCCAGCCUGAGUCCAUGUACCCCUGUGGGGCCUUGGUGUGCUAGAGGGUGUUCAGGCCACAAGACCAACACAGACCAUCUUCCUGGAGCAGUGGCAGCUCCAGAGAAUCAGUACAGGGGGACUUAGCUCUGGGGGAGCGUGAAGCUGCGAGACUUGUGUUAAAUCUUAAUACCUUCCUCGACAUAACCAGUUUUACUUGAACAUUUUACAGGAGUCAUUAUGUAAUUCAGCUGAUCAGUAAUUUAAAACAUUGAUUUUAUAUUAACAUAAACUGAGUUCAUCAGCCAGCUCUGCUACUUUCUGUCUGGGAAGCUGAAAGUGAGUCGCUCAGGCUCCCUGAGCCACGGGGAAGAUGCAAAGAGGCAGCGAGCCCACCUUCCCAGAGCUGUCUUGAAGCAAACAGACGCUGUGAUUCAGCGGCCUGCCUCACACAAACGGCGACUUAUUAUUGGAGGUUCCCGGCCUGAGAGAGGCUGGUGUCACUGCCCAUCAGCCAAAGCCCCAGGCACACCCAGGCACACCCCAACCCUAAUGGAGCGGUGGGGACCCGGGGAGAGCGCACGCCCUGCUGAACUGUGCGGCCUCAGUCAGAGGGUGUUAGGGAGCGCCUAGCCUAGGAUUGGGCUCUGGGUGGGUGCUUUGGGGGAGGGUAAGGAACGAGGGGUUUGGGCUGGAUGGGAUGCUGGCAGGGUGCAGGAACAGCCCUGGGAGGCAUCGCCAUCAAUCUCACCUGCAGGGAGGGGAGUAGCACAAGGACUAGCAGAUGCUGAAGGAGCCGCCCCUCCUUUGGGCCGAGAGAGGGGCCAUCGGCAUUCUGUGGGCGGCCCAGAGACCUGCUUUUGUGCUCAGACAAAAUUAUGAAGUGGGCUUGAUCCGCCUCCUUUCCUGAAGGCCGCAGACUGCCUGUCUGAGGUUGCUGUGUGGGCCCCCUUACGUGGAGCCGGAGAGUCACACAGCUCACCUCCCAGGGCCCAGCCAGCGUCUAAACGUCGGGCUCCUCCUUUUUCCUUCUCGCUAGGGUGUGUCAGAGCUCCAGACAGUCUGGGUUCAAGUCCCAGCACCUCUGCUCAUUAGCUCAGUGAGCCUGAGGUGAGCUAGUAACCUCACGGAGCCUCAGUUUCCUCGGCCAUGAAGUGGCCAUGAAGUGGGGAGAAUCCCAGUGCCUACCUGUGGGGUGCUGGGGUGGAUGGAAUGAGGUGAUUCACUCAGUGCUGGGCACGGAGGAGUCGGCAAGUGAACUUUAAAAAAAUCUGACUUCUGACCUACACUGUCCCUGCUAUGGUGGGUAGCAGCAGUAUUUUAGGUCUGUAGACACAGGACUAGUUUGAUCAACAAAUAUUUAUUGAUUUCCCACUAAGUGCUAGAGAAAGACUAACAAAGACCCUAGCAGCAUUUGUUCCCCCAAAUGAAGCUGUGCUCUGAUCACAGCCUCACUUAUUGACCCCAUCCAUUUGCCAGGGACUGGGGUGAGCCCCUUUGAGGGACCAGCUCAGGGAGCUCCCACAGCAGCCCUGUGAAGCAGGCAAAUGGGCAUAAUGAUCAUGAGCCCCAGCGGGCGGCACAUGCUGCCCAUGAAGGAACAGAAGCCAGAUGCAAUGGGUACUGAGGCCGCCCCAGCAGAGGGAGAGAGAGAGAGGAGUGGAACCCGAGUGGCCUGGCUCGGCAGUCAUGAGGCGGGCUUCUGUGCUGCCUCUCGGGGCUGGUGAGGCGGGAGGAGGCUUGCCCCCCACCCGGAGGAGGUGCGCAUCCCAGGCAGGCCUGGGCAGGCAGAGGGCAGUAUGAGUUUACAGAGACACCUGGGCCUUGCGGGAGGGAAAAUCACCUACAGCUGGAAAGUAGAGACAGUAGCAGUCAUGAGGCAUCUUAGAAGACAUCUCAGUAGGAAUUUAUGGAGGAAGCAAGAGGAAUGGCAUUCCCAGAGAUGGGAAGAGCUUGAACCAACAGGAAUGGGGGGGCCCUGUGUGCCCCCAGGCGGCAUACCUGCAGAGACUGGGGGUGAACACAGCAGUCUUCGAGAGACGCCACAUGAUCGGGGGUGCGGCUGUCACGGAGGAGAUCACCCCGGGGUUCAAGUUCUCCCGCGCGUCCUACCUCCUCAGCCUGCUGCGGCCGCAGAUUUACACCGAUCUGGAGCUGAAGAAACAUGGGCUGAGGAUUCAUCUCCGAAACCCCUACUCCUUCACCCCCAUGCUGGAAGAAGGCACAGGGAGCAGGCUGCCCAGGUCCCUUCUCCUGGGCACAGACAUGGCAGAAAACCAGAAGCAGAUUGCCCAGUUCUCGCAGGAGGAUGCCCAGGCCUUUCCCAAAUAUGAAGCAUUCAUGAAUCGCUUGGCAUCAGCCAUUGACCCUCUGCUGGACGCAGCCCCUGUGGAUGUGGAAGCCUUCCAGAGGGGCUCCCUGCUGCAAAGGCUCAAGUCAUUCUCCACCCUCAAACCCCUGCUGCAGGCAGGCCGCAUCCUGGGAGCCCAGCUGCCGCAGUAUUACCAGGUCCUCACAGCUCCAAUUGCCAAGGUGCUGGAUCAGUGGUUUGAGUCUGAACCUCUAAAAGCCACUCUAGCAACAGAUGCUGUGAUUGGCGCCCUGACAAGUCCUCACACUCCGGGGAGCGGGUAUGUGCUGCUUCAUCACGUGAUGGGCGGCCUGGAGGGCCUGCAGGGGGCCUGGGGCUACGUCCAGGGAGGCAUGGGUGCCCUCUCUGAUGCCAUUGCAAGCUCAGCCACCGCACAUGGAGCAAGCAUCUUCACUGAAAAGACGGUGGCUAAGGUGCAUGUGAGCAGUGGAGGGAAUGUCCAAGGAGUCGUGCUGCAAGACGGCUCAGAAGUGAGGAGCAAAGUGGUGCUGUCUAACGCAUCUCCACAGAUCACCUUUUUGAAGCUGACACCACAGGAGUGGCUUCCUGAGGAGUUCGUGGAAAAAAUCUCCCAGCUAGACACCCAGUCACCUGUUACCAAGAUCAAUGUGGCUGUUGACAGGCUGCCCAACUUCCUGGCAGCCCCCAAUGCUCCUGGGGGCCAGCCUCUGCCCCAUCACCAGUGCUCCAUCCACCUGAACUGUGAAGACACGCUCCUCCUCCAUCAGGCCUUCACAGAUGCCAUGAGUGGCUGGCCUUCCCGCAGGCCUAUGAUUGAGCUCUGCAUCCCUUCCUCGCUGGACCCCACCCUGGCUCCCCCCGGCUGCCAUGUCAUCUCCCUCUUCACUCAGUACACUCCCUACACGCUGGCUGGAGGCAAGGUCUGGGAUGAGCAGGAGAAAAACGCUUAUGCAGACAAAGUGUUCGACUGCAUCGAGGCCUAUGCCCCUGGCUUCAAGGCCUCCGUGGUGGGCAGAGACAUCCUCACACCGCCUGAUUUGGAGAGAAUCUUUGGACUUCCUGGAGGGAACAUAUUCCACUGCGCCAUGGCCCUGGACCAGCUCUACUUUGCCCGCCCUGUGCCCCUGCAUUCCAGCUACUGCUGCCCUCUCCGGGGCCUGUAUCUCUGCGGAAGUGGAGCCCAUCCAGGAGGAGGCGUCAUGGGAGCGGCUGGACGCAAUGCAGCCCACGUGGUCUUCCGGGACCUCAAGAGCAUGUGGCCCCAAACUGACUGAGACCCAGGCAGAAGAAUCUACCCUUGAAAUUUUAAGUUCCCGUUGGGUCAGCUUCCCAGGAUAAGAGUUGAGGCAGCCAAGUCCUCAAGCUCAAGCCACUAUUUUAGAAGAAAUACACAAAUUACAUUUGGUACUAGUUAACCUUGUACGCAUUUCGUCAUGAAUGAACUGGUUUUGUUUUUUAAAAACAAUGUCCUAUAUAGUUUGCAAUUUUUCUAUAUAUUACUAGAAUAAGUAAUAAUUACAUUUGACUGCAUGAUAAUAGGUGGGAUAAACUUAUCUGGGAUGCUCAGUAUUCCUACAACAUCAGCUCCAAACAACAAUCCAUUUGACCAGCAAGCAUCCCUUUCUCACUGCUGGGCCUCCACUACCAGCCGACUGGGGCACUGCUGGUGAGGCCCAGUCUACUGCUGUCACAUUCCUGGCAAACUGUAGGAAAAGAUCCGAUUCCCCAGCGGCCAUGGGCCUGAGCACUAGUUGGUAUCUCAAGCCAUCAAAACUGCCAGUCAGGCAAACAGCAAAGAUGAGUGCGAAGUGGGUAGGGCUGGGGGCCACAUUCCUGACUAGAGUCUUCAACUUCCUACUUCCCAUGAGCUGUACCUGUCAUAUCACUAAAGCCUUUCAGUAUAAACUUAUGUUCUUCUAAA